CUGAUCUCCAGGGCUACAAUUUGAUAUUACUCAUUAUAUUCUACCUAGGGCCUAUUGUAGUAUGUAAACUACCGCCUUUACAUUUCUCAAUUUCUACAAUUCGGUUUCGUUAUUUCCUCGAAACGUUAUAUGGUUAUAAAGAGAAGAUUUUUUCAAUUGUGUGUUGUGUUCGACUACCCCUCCCGAUGUCUUCCGAACCAGCCAAACCAUCCACUUCGGGCAUCGUCACAGACGAGAACAGUGGCCAACGCCACAUCCCAGAAUCAGUACGAGCAGACGGCACUACCCGGAAAGCGAUUAAGAUACGCCCCGGCUACAGGCCCCCGGAGGAUGUCGAAGUCUACAAGAACCGCACGGCCGAGUCGUUCCGCAACCGAGGCAAAGGCGGCGUUAUCGGCGCAGAAGGGUUAAAGGAACAAAAACAAGAAUCGGCCGCCGCCUCAGCUGCAAGCAACAAGAACGCCAAGCGCCGGGAAGCCAGAAAGAAGGCGAAAUCAACAGUAGACAACGAUGCGCCCGGUGAUGCGAACGCUGCUAAGGCAACAGCAGAAGAAGUCGUUGACCCUGAAGUCGAGAAAGAGAAGAAGGCCCGAAACCUAAAGAAGAAGCUGAAGCAGGCGAAAGACUUAAAGAGCAAGAAAGAGGGCGGCGAAUCUCUCUUACCGGAACAGAUCGCCAAGGUCAUUAAGAUAAACGAACUUGUGAGAGAACUCGAAGCACUCGGGUUUGACGCCGACGGCGAACCUAAGUCGGAUAAUGCACCCGAGACAACGAAAGAAGGGUGAUUAGGCGACUGUUCGAGUGAUUUUCCAAUCCGACAAAUCCCAAUGGAACCUACCAAAAAUGUCACUCGCCAGAUAUCAUAAUAACGGCAGCAUCAAUGCGAUGAUCCAUCUAUGAGUCACAACGAUCAUGGUGCACAAACCGAUGGAAUUGGACCAAGCAGCUAAACCCAAUGGUGAUUGAGUUCUAGUGCCAAUUCCACCGGAGGUGCCAUUUAAUGGCCAAUAUCUAGUCACCGCCUAGGCACUUUAAGCCAAGGCGUUAGACCCACGAUGCAAGGAGAUUCAGCCAGCCGAAGCCAUCUCUACUUAUGAUAGGCGCUACAGAGUCGAUCUCAAGGUACUCCCAUCGGUAGUACCUGAAAAAAUGGACUACUGAAUUCAGAUAUUCGAUGUAUACUAUAUGUCACUUUUGAAUAAGAGUUCCCCCUUCAAGAGUAGUGAAUCUACCUACCUGCCUACCUGCCU